AUGAAGAGCACUCUCCUCACCGCGGCCGUCCUGUUGGGCGCCGCCCAGGCCGACGUCCACAAGUUGAAGCUCAAGAAGGUCCCCAUCUCGGAGCAGUUGAACGCCGUUCCCAUCGAGCACCAGGUCCGCUCUCUCGGCCAGAAGUACAUGGGCGCUCGCCCCCAGAACCACGCCGAUGCCAUGUUCAACCAGAAGCCCAUCAAGAGCAACGGUGAACACCCGGUGCCUGUGAGCAACUUCAUGAACGCUCAGUACUUCUCUGAGAUCUCCAUCGGCACUCCCCCUCAGUCAUUCAAGGUUGUCCUGGAUACCGGCAGCUCCAACCUGUGGGUUCCUUCUCAGCAGUGUGGCAGCAUCGCCUGCUACCUGCACUCCAAGUACGACUCGUCGUCUUCCUCCACCUACAAGUCCAAUGGCUCCGAGUUCGAGAUCCACUACGGCUCUGGCAGCUUGACCGGCUUCGUGUCCCAGGACGACGUUUCCAUCGGCGACAUCAAGAUCAAGAAGCAGGACUUCGCCGAGGCCACCAGCGAGCCUGGUCUGGCCUUUGCCUUUGGCCGCUUCGACGGCAUCCUCGGUCUUGGUUACGACACCAUCUCCGUGAACAAGAUUGUUCCUCCCUUUUACCAGAUGGUCAACCAGAAGGCCAUCGAUGAGCCCGUCUUCGCCUUCUACCUCGGCGACACCAACGACGAGGGCGAUGAGAGCGAGGCUGUCUUCGGAGGUGUUGAUGACUCUCACUACGAGGGCAAGAUCACCUACAUCCCUCUCCGCCGCAAGGCUUACUGGGAGGUUGACCUCGACGCCAUCACCCUUGGCGACGAGACUGCUGACCUCGAGGGCCAUGGUGCCAUCCUCGAUACCGGAACUUCCCUGAACGUUCUCCCCUCUGCUCUUGCUGAGCUGCUCAACAAGGAGAUUGGUGCCAAGAAGGGCUUUAACGGCCAAUACUCGGUUGAGUGCGACAAGCGCGCCGAGCUCCCUGACAUUACCUUCACCCUUGCUGGCUACAACUUCAGCAUCUCCGCGUACGACUACAUCUUGGAGGUCUCUGGCAGCUGUAUUUCCACCUUCCAGGGCAUGGACUUCCCCGAGCCGGUUGGCCCUCUCGUCAUCCUUGGAGAUGCCUUCCUGCGUCGCUGGUACUCUGUUUACGACCUCGGCAAGAACGCCGUUGGUCUGGCCAAGGCGAAGAAAUAA